UAUUGUUAUUGGCAGUGAAAAUGUAUAAAAUACGAGAAUUUGGUAUUUUGUUCAUAAGCUAUUGCUGAACAAUACUUUCACUAAAAGUUAAUAAUUUAAAUCAAUUUUGCCAAGAAUUUAAGAUCCGAACUGUAUAAAAUUUAAAUACAAUUUAUUGUUUUAUUUGCAUUUCGAUUGCGGUAUUUUUCUGUCAAUCGUAUGGUAUAUUUAAAAGAUUCAGCAACGGUCACACUGAGUGGAAAGCAACAAAAUUUGAUGAAAGAUUACAAUUAAUUGAAAUUGCGAUGCAUUUAAGCGAAAUUAGUCUGUAGCAGUUAACAUAUACGAACGAUAGCCAACGCGGAGCACCCGAAGCCGCAGCCACAUGGAUACCAAGUCCAACGAUGACUCGGCUGGCAGUGAUUCGCUAGACAAAUCUAUGCAAAUAAAGUGUGUGAUGGUGGAGACAACGGGCUCCACUGUGGACGCAGUGGACGCCUCGGCAGAAUGCGAGGCGCUGGACAAUUGCAGCAGGGAUUCCGCUGCCGAAACGGGAGCACAGGUGGGCAAGGCAAAGGCAACCAAGGGUGCAGCAGGAACGGGAGCUGCAGUUGGCAAGCAGGAGGACCAAAAGACUGACGCUGCGACGGGGGCACGGGGUGAGGGCGACAGUCCGGAAAGUAGCCAGUCCCCCGGCGGUCGUCCGGCCAGCAACUCGUCGUCCACUGCCUGCACUGCCUUCGAGACGAAAGUCAAGCUUAUCUCACAGAACCAAGAGACCACGCUGGCAGAGACCACCGCAGGCGCAGCCUCUGCCUCCGCCUCCGCCUCCACACCAGCAGCAGUAUCAGUAUCCGCAUCCACAUCCACAUCAGCCUCCAGCAGCAGCAGCCUGCUAGAGCCGCAGCCCCUCAACAAUUCCUCCACGGACGAGUCCACCUCGUCGUCGUCAGGCCGUGUGAAGAAAGUGCGCUUCCAUCCGGACGUUAAGGAAAAUGACGGUGGCAAUUGGGUGAAGAAGAAACGACGCGCCGCACAGACCAAACGGGCUGCCUCGUCGUCCACCGGCACCACCUCUGAUGGUAUGGAUCUCGACGGAGAGGCGGAAGAUGCCGAAUGUGACGAAGAUCAGGAGGAAGAGACAGAGGAGGAGUUCGAUCUAGCCAAGACAAUCGCCGAGGCAGAGGACUACCUCAAACAACAUCCGCUGACAUUCGUGCGGCGCAUCGAGCAGAACGGCGAGCGUCCGCAGGACGGACUCCUCAACAUCGAGGAUAUGUCUACUCAUAGCAACGAUACGGAGGAGGUGAUGCCGGGCAACCGAGAAGAGGACUUUUACAGACACGUCAAGCCAGAGAAUGGCAUUGAGCGCGUUCUGGGCAAGGAGACAAAGGCGGGCAAGGCAAGUGGAAUUCCUUUGCGCUACGAAAACCAUGGUGGACUUUUUUGGAAAUCAGAGGAGUUCAUCAGGCGCACGUGUCCUACGCUGCUUAAGGCCUACGAAAAGAAUCGCGAGCGCCGACAACAGCGUUGGUUAAUGCAUCACGUUGCGAAAAGGCAGAGUUUGCGACAGCGGUACACGGAUUUUUAGUAGCGGCUGCUUAGGUUUUAGGCUCUUGAUUAGGUUCCAUAUAAUUGUAACGUUUUUGUAAAAUGAAGUAAAUGAUUUUCUUUUGUUGAACAAAAAGUA